AUGGACGUUUCUUCAACAUCUGCUUCCGAACAAAACCCUCAAGGACAUAUCUCAUCGGCGUCGGUGGCGCCCGCGCUCGCCCCGGAGAAGACGCAGACGAAGAAGAGAAACGGGUGUCCCGGCGUUCGUGUUGUCGGCGGUCGCAUUUAUGAUUCCCAGAAUGGGAAGACCUGUCAUCAGUGCCGACAGAAGACAAUGGAUAUUAUGGCAUCAUGCAAAAAUGAAAAGCAAUAUAUGAGUGGUUUUUGUCCUAGAUGCAGAGCCAUUUGUAAUUGUAGCUGUUGCAGGAAGAAAAGCGGGCAACAACCCACUGGGAUUCUUUUACACACUGCAAAAUCAACUGGCUUUGCAUCUGUUUCAGAGAUGCUUAUUGUCAAUGGUUCUGAUGUCCAGUCCGUAAAGGUUCUUGAACUGAAGAAAGAUGAGCCUGAAUACAUCUUGCAAGAACUAACUCGCGUGGGUGGUGGAUGUAUAGGACGUUCUUAUCCAGUUGCCCAGUUUCUUGUUCGUUUGUUAACCCUGAUACAAACAGACUCGGGAGAGAGCUCUAAUGUGAUAACUCAUAGAUUAAACCACAAAACAUCAUGGCUUCAUGCACUACAUAAAUGCAUCUCUACUACUUCAACAUUUCUAUCAGGGAAUUUGAAAUUGGAUAGACUUGAUGGGGGAGUUCACAGCUAUGAGAGUUUAAACUCCACAGAAAGGCUUACUCUUGUAAACUUUGUGUGUGAUGAAGUUCUUUGCACCAGGAAGGUAAGGAAUUGGAUGGAAGAACAAAAACUGAAAUGUUUUGAGGAGGAGAAGGUAACAAAAGAUAAAAUUGUUGCUGCGAAACAAAAGAAACAAUUGAAGCAGAAGAUGAAGGAUGAGUUGGCUGAAGCUGUCAUUGCUAAAAAUGGUGUUCCUCUUUCAAUUUCUGAGCAUACAACCAUUGUAUCACAAUUUAAAGUGCAAAUAGACCAAGCUCAUGCUGAGAUGAUGGAAUCAAAAGAGAUGUUAUGCACAGGUGAAUAA